AUGAGCUCACAAAGAUACGAACGGGUAUCUGCCAACGACGACGAUACCCCGACGAGCCCUCAAGCUCAAGUUCCGCAAUCCCCUCCUCCCUCUUUUCGAUCCAGAGACGCCUCACCCAGCUCCGGACGCAUAUCUCAUAGUCCCCAUACGUCCGUAAAUCAGAAUCUUGCGGAUACAUUCGAUGCAGAUGGAUCGGACAGUGAUGAGGAUAAUGAUGGCGAUGAUAGACAGAGACUCAUGAGAGGGACCCCAUCGACAUCUUCCGCCGAACAAACAACCACCGAGUCGACAUCGACGACUCGACCACCUGUGAUAGAACGUCGCGAUACCCAUAUCCCCGCCUUUGUACCACCACGGCCAAGUGGAAGAGUUUAUGGAGGAGGUUCAGGAUCUGAUGGUGUAUUUGCGAACCUGAGUGCGAAACCUGAAAGGGGCGCCGAAAAGGAGGAACAUCCACCUACAUACGAACAAGCCGCAGCAGAUGCAGCACCUCCAUAUUGGGAAACAACAAUCUUAGCUCCUGGACUUGGAGGACCUGAUGAAGUGUAUAUCGAAGGUCUCCCUGUUGGAUCUGUCUUCUCCUUCCUAUGGAAUGGCAUGAUUUCCAUGUCUUUCCAACUUGUCGGCUUCCUCCUUACAUAUCUGUUACACACCACCCACGCAGCCAAGAAUGGAUCUCGUGCUGGUUUGGGAAUUACGUUGGUACAAUAUGGCUUCUACAUGAAAGGAUCAGGUUCUAUCGUUCCCCCUGCUGGUAAUUCGGAUCCAUCCUACGUACCGCCCCCGGACCCCAACAGUCACGACUUCGACCCAAAUCAAGUACAAGCCGGAACAGCUGGAAUGGAUAAUUCCGAUUCUACCGGAGGGAUUGGUGAUGUUGCAGGAAGUGAAUGGUUAGCAUAUGUUUUAAUGGUUGUUGGAUGGUUCAUUCUUAUCAGAGCUGUGAGCGAUUUCUUAAGGGCGAGGAGGCAUGAGCAAUUGGUACUGCAAAGUCCAGAUCGAGGUUUGCCUGUUCCUGUUAUCGCGACUGGAGAGGAAGCUGAGACUGUUGUUUAA